AUAUAUGGAUCCUGUUUGGAAGUAUUUGCAGUCUGUCCAGUAUGGAACCCAUGGAAAUUUUCGAAGACUUUCAUACCCAACUUUCUUUCCACGCUUUGAAUUCCAAGACAUUAUCCCUCCGGAUGACGUCUUAACUAGUGAUGAAGAGCUAGAUUCCAUUUUAUUUGGAACUUUGAGAGGUCAAGUUGUUGGACUGCGCUAUUACACAGGAGUAGUAAAUAAUAAUGAAAUGGUUUCUUUACAACGAGAGCCCAAUAAUCCAUAUGAUAAGAAUGCAAUUAGAGUAAAUAAUGUGAAUGGAAAUCAGGUUGGUCAUUUAAAGAAAGAACUUGCUGCUGCCUUGGCCUAUAUCAUGGAUAACAAAUUGGCACAAGUGGAAGGGGUAGUUCCCUUUGGUGCAAAUAAUACUUUUACCAUGCCUCUUCAUAUGACAUUUUGGGGAAAAGAAGAAAAUAGAAAAGUGGUUUUAAAUCAGUUGACAAAACAUGGAUUUAAAUUGGGUCCCACACCAAAAACUUUAGGAUUGAGUUUGGAAAAUAGUUGGAGCUCUGGGAGAGCUGGACCAAGCUAUAAUAUGCCAGUUCAUGUUGCAGUACAGAUGACAACUGACCAGCUCAAAACGGAAUUUGACAAAUUAUUUGAAGAUUUAAAAGAAGAUGAGAAAACUAGUGAAAUGGAGCCAGCUGAGGCUAUUGAGACCCCAUUGCUUCCACACCAAAAACAAGCUCUGGCUUGGAUGAUUUUACGAGAGAACAGCAAAGACCUUCCACCAUUCUGGGAACAGCGAAAUGACUUCUAUUAUAACACAAUAACAAAUUUUUCUGAAAAAGAACGACCGGAAAAUGUCCAUGGAGGAAUUUUAGCUGAUGAUAUGGGUUUGGGCAAAACUCUUACAGCCAUUGCAGUAAUUCUUACCAACUUUGCUGAUGGCAAGCCUCUUCUCAAUAAAAGAAGCAAGAAGAAUCAGCCAAGAAAGGUAUACAAGGAUGAGACUGUCAAACUGGGAGGAAGUAAUACUAACAAAGAGGCAGAUGAACUAAGCACAGAGCUAUCCAGAUGUAGUGAAGAACCUGGUGUUUCAGAUAUUCAGGAAAAUAAGAAGUAUCCUAUGUCAGAAUUGUCUAGUAUCUGCCCUAAAAGAAGAAAAAUUGCUGUUCAGUACAUUGAAAGCAGUGAUUCAGAGGAAAUAGAAACUAGUGAACUGCCACAGACAAUGAAAGGCAAGCUAAAAAAUACACAGUCAGAUACUAAAAGUAGAGUAAAAGGAUAUUCUAAGGUUAAAGAAGAUACAGGAUUUUCUCAUGCAUUUAUUUCAUCCUCUUCUGCAACAAAGAAGAAAAUGUUGAAAAAGGGGACAUCUGUGAUGGAGGGCUCAAAGAAACGUGACACUGGAGAGACGGCAAGAACAACAUUGAUCAUCUGUCCACUUUCUGUGCUGAGCAAUUGGAUUGACCAGUUUGGACAACAUAUAAAAUCAGAAGUGCACUUGAAUUUUUAUGUUUAUUAUGGCCCUGAUCGUAUUAGACAUCCAGCCUUCCUUUCAAAACAGGAUAUUGUUUUAACAACUUAUAAUAUUUUAACUCAUGAUUAUGGAACUAAAGAUGAUAGUCCAUUACAUAGCAUAAAAUGGCUAAGAGUGAUCCUGGAUGAAGGACAUGCCAUACGAAAUCCAAAUGCUCAGCAGACAAAAGCUGUACUUGACUUAGAGGCAGAAAGAAGAUGGGUAUUGACAGGUACACCUAUCCAGAAUUCUUUAAAGGACUUGUGGUCUCUUCUGUCCUUUUUAAAGCUUAAACCGUUUAUUGAUAGAGAAUGGUGGCAUAGAACAAUACAGCGUCCUGUUACAAUGGGAGAUGAGGGAGGACUUAGGCGUUUACAGUCCUUAAUUAAAAAUAUCACCCUUCGAAGAACAAAGACAAGCAAAAUUAAAGGGAAACCUGUUUUGGAGCUGCCAGAAAGGAAAGUAUUUAUUCAGUACAUUACACUUUCAGAAGAAGAGAGAAAGAUUUAUCAGUCUGUUAAAAAUGAAGGCAAAGCUACCAUAGGAAGGUAUUUUACUGAAGGGACUGUCCUUGCACACUAUGCAGAUGUCUUGGGUCUUCUGCUUAGAUUGCGGCAGAUUUGUUGUCAUACUCAUAUUCUUACAAAUGGAAUGUCUUCAAGUGGUCCUUCUGGAAAUGAUACACCUGAAGAACUGAGGAAUAUAUUAAUAAAGAAGAUGAAGUUAAUUCUGAGCUCUGGUUCAGAUGAAGAAUGUGCAAUUUGCCUUGAUUCAUUAACAGUUCCUGUGAUAACACAUUGUGCACAUGUGUUUUGUAAACCUUGUAUCUGCCAGGUCAUUCAGAGUGAGCAGCCACAUGCUAAAUGCCCUUUAUGCAGAAAUAAUAUACAUGGAGAUAAUUUAUUAGAAUGUCCUCCAGAAGAAUUGGCAUGUGACAGUGAGAAAAAAUCCAAAAUGGAAUGGACAUCCAGUUCAAAGAUUAAUGCUCUAAUGCAUGCUUUGAUUGAAUUACGGACAGAGAACCCCAACAUAAAAAGUUUAGUUGUUUCUCAGUUUACCACAUUCCUGUCUUUAAUAGAAACACCACUUAAAGACUCAGGAUUUGUGUUUACUCGUUUAGAUGGUUCCAUGGCUCAAAAGAAAAGAGUUGAGUCAAUUCAGUGUUUUCAAAACACAGAAGCAGGAUCUCCGACUAUAAUGCUAUUGUCCUUAAAAGCAGGUGGAGUUGGCUUGAAUCUUUGUGCAGCUUCUCGGGUAUUCUUAAUGGAUCCAGCCUGGAACCCUGCUGCCGAAGAUCAGUGCUUUGACAGAUGCCAUAGACUUGGCCAAAAGCAAGAGGUUAUCAUCACAAAAUUCAUUGUAAAGGAUUCUGUUGAAGAAAAUAUGUUGAAAAUACAAAACACAAAAAGAGAACUUGCAGCUGGAGCUUUUGGAACUAAAAAAACAGAUGCUAAUGAAAUGAAACAAGCUAAAAUCAAUGAAAUCCGAACUUUAAUUGAUUUAUAAUUCGUGGGAUUUUUGUAAGGUCAGUUCAAGCAAUUACCUAAGAUUUAUACAUGAAAAAUGCAGAUUUAAGAAUGAGAUCUAGAAAAUAUUCUAUAUGGGGCAUAUUUCAUAUUAAUAAAGUGAUAUUACUGAUAUAUCUAUAUAUGAAUCUUACUUUUAAUGAUACUUCAGAUAGCAAUAAGUUCCAUUGUAAAUUGGCCUGAAAGCGAUUAUCAUAGUUCUUUUGCUCUACAGCUUUGCAUAAUGCCUUUGCUUAAUAUUUCCUACCUCUCCCAUGUAUCCCACACCUUCAUUCUUAAGUGGUCAUAGCUUAUACUUUUGACUAGGAGAUUAGUUUUUCUUUGUUGGAAAUAUUUGGUUAUUCACCAAAGCCUUUAAUUGAUGAUUCAGUGGAUCUACCGUCCUUGUAAAUCAUUAAGAAAUAUGUAUACAACUAUAAGGAAGAUUUUAUUGGAUGUUUAAAGGCUAUAGUUGCAUCUAUAACCAAACCUUAAAGGAAAGAUCAAAGUACAAGGGAUCAAGUUAAUCACAAUUUUUAUAGCUUUAUUGAGAUAUAAUUUAUAUAUUUGACUUGCAGUAUUUAAUUUGAAAAAAAAUGGGGCCCUAAUCAAAGAUGGUGUGUCCAUUUAACUGAAGUGGUACUACAUUCAUUAAAUUUAAAUGUAGUGAUAGAAGCAUAGGGUGUAAAUAGUCUCUAGGGGUACGGGAACCAGUUCUACCCAGUUUGUUUUGAAUGUUUACAUUAUGUGAUUCAAGUAGAUAUUUCUAUAAAUUGUUUUUAGUUACGUAUGGUUUCUGGAAAUAGCUUUAUAUAUUUUUGUAAUACAGAAGACUGCUACUGUAUGUGAGAGGCAUGACAAUCAGAAUGGAAGUUGGGCUGAUAACCACCAAAAUCCUUUCAACUCUUAAAGACAUCUAAUCCUGAAUAUAAAAAUGCCUUUGUGUGUUUAAAAUCAGAAUUUAAUUUUGGAAUUUCACUAAUUGAUCCAUACAUAUUUUUUACCCUUUUUGUUAUUAAGAAAGCUUACUAGUUGCCCCAAAAUUAUAGAUGACUUUGAGUCAUAUUUAAAAUAAAUAAGCAGUCAGGUUCUGUAAUUAGUUUUAUUUUCCUGUGGAUUUUUUUUUUUUAAUACAGGAAAGAGAUUACUAAGAAAAGCCUCAUGGCUUAUGGUAUACACUGAAGAACAUCUGAGAUUUUAUUUAUGCUACUAGAGACUCAACUGAUGAGAGAGAUGAUAGGUACCCAUCUAAGGUGUAUGACAUAUAUCGUACCCCCUAAGUCUUCUCCAACCUGCUAUUUCUCCAAAGGAACAGGAUUAGCCAGCAAGAAUCUUCUUGGUACCAUUCCUCAUAGUAACAGAUGAGGUAGGCAUGGUUUUUAGGAAGACAUUUCUGCAAGGGUGAAAGUGGAAUAACCAUUCUUGUCCUGCUAAGGUUAGGAGCCCCUCAGUAGAUUUUCUACCUUAUAGGACAAGCAUCACACAAAAAUUCAGUGUCAUUAUAUACAGCAUUAGGGUUCUGUAGUACCCACACAGUGAAAUUAAGUAUAAACUGUUUCUAACCCAAAUAAAGAAAGAAACCCAGCUUAUCUGUUAACCACUUACCUAUUUUAAUUACAGAUAAACUCAGGCUAAGAAGUGAAGGCAAUUUGCUGCUUACCCAGAAAACUACAGUACUGUGCUUUAAAAUAUAUUCAUAACAAUCAAAUUUAUUAAGCAAUUUUUUUAGUAUAUUAAGUGGUAUUAAUAAAAAAGUUAAUUCAAGAUAUAUAAACCACUGGAAUGAAAAAUUUUAUGCUAUACUGUUUUAUUACUUAGAAAUAUAUUGAAAAUACUGUAUUAUGUUUCAAACUGGAUUUUUCUUUAAAUUUAAAUUCAAUAAAAAGCUAAAAAAAAUUA